UUGACCGGGGUUGACUGUAAGAUGAUAAUUUUGUCUUACUUUUUGACUGACAGCUGACUAAAUGGCCUUGACCUCGGAUAAUCAGGUUAAACAUGUAAGCUUAGAAUGGACUGUGUUGUAACGGUUUGAAAAAAACGUUCAGUUUGCUUGGUCUUAGCAUUUGACCAACAACAACAACGACAGCAUGAAUCUUGUUCGACCUAUGUCAAGGGCCUUCUCAACAAAGGGACCAGGCACCAGGCAAGGCAGGGAUGUAUGGAACAUGCUGAAGGAAGAGUUCGACAUUCUGCGAACGGGUCGGUUGACCCCCAUGGAGCCUGAGGUGCCCGCGGAGACCGACGUCCUGAUUAUAGGAGGUGGGAUUAUGGGCAAUAGUGCGGCUUACUGGCUAAAACAACGCAACCCCAAGGGUCUGACAUGCACCGUGGUGGAAAGAGACCCGACCUACACUCGGUCGUCUACCAUGUUGUCAGUGGGAGGAAUCCGCCACCAGUUUCGAUGCCCUGAAAAUGUGCAAAUGUCGCUGUUUACGUCAGAAUUCUUGAGAAACAUACGGGAACAUUUGAGUGUUCUGGACAUGGACCCCCCAGAUGUGCAGUUCAACCCACAAGGCUAUAUGUUUCUGGCUUCAGAAGAACAAGUAGACCAGCUAAAGGAGAAUGUUACCAUGCAAAAUGAACUAGGUGCUAAAGUGCACUUGCUCACAAAGAAUCGGCUUGCCCAGAAAUUUCCCUGGUUAAAUUUAGAGGGUGUUGCAGCUGGGUCUUAUGGUAUUGAAGGAGAAGGCUGGUUUGACCCCUAUCUUCUGACCAGGGCCUUCAAACAGAAGAACCUGUCCCUGGGCGUGAGGUACGUGACUGGUGAGGUAGUGGGUUUUGAUACCAAGGACGAAGAACUCAUCGUGGGCACAGGAACAAGAACGUGUAAAUACCUAAAAGGGGCUCAGAUACGAAAUCAGACAGGAGAGGUGCACUCUUUGAAUUUCUGCUUCACGGUGAACUGUGCGGGUGCGUGGGCGUCUGAAGUGGCCGCCAUGGCUGGGAUAGGGCAGGGCAUUAAUGAGUUAUCUGUUCCUUUACCUGUAGAGCCCAGAAAGCGCUAUGUGUAUGUUGUGCAUUGCGCAGACGGACCCGGUCUAGAGGCCCCACUAACUAUCGACAAUUCAGGCAUGUAUUUCAGGCGCGAGGGUAUUGCGGGCAACUACCUCUGUGGCAGCUCCCCAGAAGAGGAUGAAGAACCCGAGGUGAACACUCUCAAUGUGGACUAUGAGUACUAUAACGACUGUGUCUGGCCAUUGUUAGCACACAGGAUACCCAAGUUUGAGAAUUCCAAGCUGCGGAGUGCCUGGGCUGGUUUUUAUGACUACAAUACCGUAGACCAGAACUGUAUACUUGGCAACCACCCGUACCACAGGAACUUUUUCUUCAUGAACGGGUUCAGCGGUCAUGGCAUCCAGCAGGCGGUGGCCGCUGGCCGUGCUCUCAUGGAACUGACGCUGGACAAUGGCUACAAAACCAUUGAUCUGUCCAGGCUGGAGUUCAACAGGUUUAUAACAUGUGAACCUUGCGUGGAGAAAUGUAUAGUGUGAAAAGUAAACUGUUAAAUAUAAAACUGACUAGGACGGGUAUUGUUACACUCCAAAAAUGAAUGUGUUAAUUUGAAUAAAGCCUGUUGUCUGAGUGAUGCUAGGAUGUAAUUUAUUAAUAAAACAGAUCAUUCUGUUGAAAAUAACACACAUAUUCUAUUAAUUCAAUGUGAAGAUUAACAGGAUGUUAUGUUAAAUACGACACAGUAUUAUGGUAUAAUAACAUAAUGCAUUCUGGCAUCACCCGGACAACAGACUUUCUGUUAAAAUUAACCGAUUCAUUUUUUGAGUGAAAUGUUCCAAAACAUUUAUGCCAGAUUGUACAUUACAGAUAAAACAGCCAAAUUUCACCAGAGAGUUCGCUCUCCUCCAUCCCAAAAGGCAUUUUCAGAGUAAAUUAAAGUUUGCUGAUUAUUACUUUUUGUACUGAAACUUAUUAAAACUUUUCUAGUAUAUGUAGGUUUUUAUCACCAUAGAAGUCUGAAAACAUCUCUCUGUAGAUGUUUUCAAUGGAACUCAUAUAUUUAAGACCACAUUUACAGCUAACUUUUCUCACUUUUCAUCAAAACUUAAUGUUCUUUUCAUGUUUUUUUUUCAUGUUUUUCCCACCUUUUACUGUGUGAGGCAUUUUAUGGUAAAACUGUCGCAUCGGUCUUCCCGAUCGGGAUACGUGUUAGGUACGAUCAGCCAUUGCUCUUCCGAUGUUAUAGAUACUCAUAGCAAGCGAAAUCAAGAUGAAACUUGCGACUUCAAAAUAGAAU